AUGGCUCUACACGGCUGGCAGACUCUCUUCAAGAUGUGGGAUCCGCGGACAGAUUCUGAAUAUUCGUCCGCGCGGCGCCUUAACGGAGACCUGGCGGGGAUGGCAAAAGCUAUGGUCGACAAUAUUGUCAAGGCAUAUGAGGCAUGGGUGGAAGAGAAGCGGAAGAAACAAGCAGAUCCUUCCAAUUCACUGUUGGAAUAUAGUGACUGGGUGGAGGACGAGCGGUGCUUACCAACGGGACCUAAACCUAUCCUUAAACCUAUCCCGAUUCCUGAGCGGCCCUCACCACCGGAAGUUAUACCAACUUCAGGAUGGCCGAGAUUCGAGUGGAACUUACUACCGGAACGGAGUCAGGUGACACCGUCCUCGCUAUCGCCGUUGGCAAGUAUUUCAUCCGAAGAAUCACAAGAGCCAGCCGAGCCUACAGCUGGAGUGGGCGUCGAGACCAUCUUCGCUGCCACUUACCUCUUUCAGUCGCGCCCAAUACCUGAGGGAGGAGAUAUGGCAGCCCCGCCGGUCGACGGAACUCAUGCCACUCGGAAGGAGCAUAAGAUGCGAAGACGCUGGCAGCACUUCCGCCGUUCCUCUGCCAAUUUCCAACGCUCCUCUCGGGUGGACUCAGCCUUCAGAAAUUUCUCUUGGGCUGGCGCUCGCUUUCCCUGA